AUGGCGGCGGCCCCGGCGGAGGCGGAGACCCGGCAGCGGCUGCUGCGCACCGUCAAGAAGGAGGUGAAGCAGAUCAUGGAAGAGGCAGUGACGAGGAAGUUUGUGCAUGAGGACAGCAGCCACAUCAUCUCCUUCUGCGCUGCUGUGGAAGCCUGUGUCUUGUACGGCUUGAAGCGGAGGGCGGCAGGAUUCCUGCGCAGCAACAAGAUAGCAGCUCUGUUUAUGAAGGUGGGCAAGAGUUUUCCUCUGGCAGAGGAGCUUUGCAAGAAGGUGCAAGACCUGGAGCAGCUCAUUGAGAAUGCACGAAAUCAAGUCCAGGGCAUCCCGGAGAAUGUGCGCAAGAUGCCGAAGCUGCCCAACCUGUCCCCUCAAGCCAUCAAGCACCUCUGGAUCCGCACAGCCCUCUUUGAAAAGGUCUUGGAUAAAAUUGUGCAUUACUUGGUAGAAAAUAGCAGUAAGUACUACGAGAAAGAAGCUCUCCUGAUGGAUCCUGUGGAUGGGCCAAUUCUUGCAUCUUUAUUGGUGGGGCCCUGUGCGCUGGAGUACACGAAGAUGAAGACCGCUGACCACUUCUGGACAGACCCCUCAGCUGACGAGCUGGUUCAGAGGCACCGGAUCCACAGCUCGCACUGUCGCCAGGACUCGCCCACCAAGCGCCCGGCGCUCUGCAUUCAGAAAAGGCAUUCGAGUGGCAGUAUGGAUGACCGGCCAUCGCUGUCUGCCAGGGACUACGUGGAGUCACUGCACCAGAAUUCCCGAGCCACGCUCCUCUAUGGCAAGAACAAUGUCCUGGUGCAGCCACGAGAUGACAUGGAGGCAAUCCCGGGAUAUCUGUCCCUUCACCAGACUGCUGACAUCAUGGCGCUGAAGUGGACUCCCAACCAGCUGAUGAACGGCUCUGUGGGGGAUCUGGACUACGAGAAGAGCCUAAGCUCUAAAACUUCCCAGUGUCAAGACGUGACCAAGGAAGAGAGGAGUCAGAUGACAAAUGUGUACUGGGACUAUGCCAUGACUAUUCGCCUGGAGGAGAUCGUCUAUUUGCACUGUCACCAGCAAGUAGACAGCGGUGGAACGGUUGUCUUGGUGAGCCAGGAUGGGAUCCAGAGGCCUCCGCUGCGGUUCCCCAGAGGAGGGCACUUACUGCAGUUCCUGUCCUGCCUGGAGAACGGCCUCCUGCCCCAUGGGCAGCUGGAUCCACCCCUCUGGUCGCAGCGGGGAAAGGGGAAGGUGUUUCCCAAGCUGCGGAAGCGAAGUCCCCAGGGCUCCUCCGAGUCUGCGUCCGACAAGGAAGAUGACGAAGCCACGGAUUACGUUUUCAGGAUAAUCUACCCAGGGACGCAGUCUGAAUUUGUUACCAUUAAUGGUAGUUUUCAUCCAUUCCUUGCGUCUGUGAUCUCCAUCACUGCUGUGAGAGGGAAGAUUGCAAGGACUCAAGCUGCAAGCAAGACGUUGGUGAUCCCUAAAUGGUUUCCGAGUCUCCCCAUCACAUCCCGACCUCCCCUUGCUGCUCUGGGGGCCCCUCAGUGUCAGUUGCCCCAGGACCUGAUGGACACGCCGGGUGCUGGCCUGCCUCCCAUGUGGCAGCCCAGCACCCGCAAGUCCUCCUGCUCCUCCUGCUCUCAGAGUGGCUCCUCUGACGGUGGGCCAUCCAACGGCUGCAGCCACGAAAGAGCUCCGCUGAAGCUCCUGUGCGACAAUAUGAAGUACCAAAUCCUCUCCCGGGCCUUCUACGGCUGGCUGGCCUAUUGCAGACACCUCUCCACGGUGCGAACCCACCUAUCUGCACUGGUUAACCACAACAUCGUGUCUCCUGAUGUGCCCUGCAAUGCCAGCUCAGGACUAACUGUGGACAUAUGGCAGAGAUACCUGCAGGACAGCACGAGUUACGAGGACCAGGAGCUGCUGCGGCUGAUCUACUAUGGCGGGAUCCAGCACGAGAUCAGGAAGGCUGUCUGGCCCUUCCUUUUGGGCCAUUAUCAGUUUGGGAUGACAGAGGCAGAAAGAAAAGAGGCUGACGACCAGAUCCGCACCUGCUACGAGCACACCAUGGCAGAGUGGCUGGGCUGCGAGGCCAUCGUCCGGCAGCGGGAGAAGGAGUCGCACGCAGCAGCUCUGGCCAAGUGCUCCUCCGGGGCCAGUCUGGAUUCCCACAUUCAAAGGAUGAUGCACAGGGACUCGACGAUCAGCAACGAGUCUUCGCAGAGCUGCAGUUCUGGCCGACAGAAUCACGCCCGGCUGCAGAGCGACUCCAGCUCCAGCACGCAGGUGUUUGAAUCUGUUGAUGAAGUGGAACAGACUGAAGCAGAUGCUCAGCUGGAAGAUGGCAAACAAAGCAAGAUCCCCAACGGGAUGGUUCCCAAUGGCAUGUGUUCCCCUGAUUCUGGCCACCCCUCUUCCCAGAACUUCUCCAUCGCAUCAGGGUUCUCGGAGCGCAGCUUCAGCAAUGAGGACAGUGCCCUGGAAACCAACAAAUCCUCGGCCAGCUCUCAGGGAAAGGCCGGCGGGUCCAACGUGCCAGCCCCACAGGACCCAGAUGGCGCCCGGCAGGAGGUGAAGCUGCAGGGCCAAGACAGCCUGGAAGGUGAAUUUCCCAGCGGUGGAAGCGUGGACUUUGUUCCUGUGGGUGAGAGCUCGGCAGGUGUCCUGUGUGAUCGUAAUGCUGUGGCCCUGACUGUGGUAGAGAGCUGGGCAGACAGCGAAGCUGAAAAGCAAAGCUUGGUAGAGAGUGAAGAUAACCUGUUCGAAGAGCCAGAGAUGGAGAGUUUGUACCCGCAGCUGGAUUCUCUGGCUGUAGCUGAUCUGGCCAAUAGUGAUGUGUCUGCUGUCUCCUCGACGGGUGUCACCUACUCUCCAGAGCUACUGGACAUGUACACGGUAAACCUGCACCGCAUUGAGAAGGACGUGCAGCGGUGUGACCGCAACUACUGGUACUUCACCCCUGCCAACCUGGAGAAACUCCGCAACAUCAUGUGCAGCUACAUCUGGCAGCACAUUGAGAUCGGCUACGUGCAGGGGAUGUGCGACCUGCUAGCCCCUCUCCUGGUCAUCCUGGAUGACGAGGCUCUGGCUUUCAGCUGUUUCACCGAGCUUAUGAAGAGGAUGAAUCAGAACUUCCCCCACGGAGGAGCCAUGGACACCCACUUUGCUAACAUGAGAUCUCUGAUCCAGAUUCUGGACUCUGAGCUCUUCGAGCUGAUGCAUCAGAAUGGUGAUUACACUCAUUUCUACUUCUGCUACCGAUGGUUUCUCCUGGACUUCAAGAGAGAGCUGGUGUAUGAUGACGUGUUCGCCGUCUGGGAGACCAUCUGGGCAGCUGCACACGUUUCCUCUGCACACUAUGUGCUCUUCAUAGCCCUGGCUUUGGUGGAAAUGUACCGGGACAUAAUCUUGGAGAACAAUAUGGAUUUUACAGACAUCAUCAAGUUUUUCAACGAAAUGGCUGAGCGGCACAACACCAAGCAGAUCCUGAAGCUGGCUCGGGACCUUGUCUAUAAAGUCCAGACUCUGAUCGAGAACAAAUGAAGGACAUGGGGAAGACGAGGCAUCCAGACAAAGAGCCAGGACUCCCCUUCAAUGCUUCCUCCCCUUCUCCUUUUUCUCGAAGUGCCACACCUGUGGAAACAAGGUAGUUGGACACAUGCUGCUGUCUAAACUGGAAGUACCCUUAGCUCUCCAAGUGCUGUGUUCAGUGUUAGGUCCAGGGGCCCCGGCUCAGAUUUUCGCAGCCUUCUUCAGUGACUUAACCAAAGAUCUGUACGAUUGCAUUUUAUUGCUAAGGACUUGCUUUGGAGGCAGGACCCAGGCAGUCGCUUCCUUGCCUUGCUGCAGCAGAAGGGCAGUGAGUGUGGUUACCACCACUACUGCCGAGGCGGUUGCCAGCAUCCCAGGUCAGAGCUGGGGGUCUGGGAGAGCAGAGCUGCCAGCCCUCCUCGGGGCCGACUUGGGCUCGACAGCCUUUGUUGCAAGGAAAUAAAGCUGCUUCCUUGGACAGCCGUUACCCUGUGGCAUGGGGAAGCCAGCCAGCCCUGCAAGCCUGGGCAAGACCGGGAUGCUGCCAGCACUCAGUUUCUUACUAACAUGAGGUUCUGCCAGUAACAGAGAGGGACUUUGAUCACAGGAAUUCCUCUUCUUUUGAUCUUGUCCCUUGAUGCAUAGCAUCCCCUUUAGUAUUUUUUUAGGGCUCUGUUCUCUCCCUGGGAUUUUUAUGUUCUUUGUUACUACAAUAGCUGAGCACACAAGAGGUUCACCUCUGGCUGGAUUUUCAGAAGAACUCCAAAUUCAGCAUUGGGUUUUUCUUUCAAAAUCCAGUCUCUGUAACGCUCUCUGAACACUGGAAAAUCUGGUCCUAACCUCCUCUGGGAACUCUAGACUUGAGGUUUGCAUACCUGCCUUACUCUAGCUGCUUGUGUUAGGAGUCUGGUCUCCCUAUCGUUCCUCUGCAACCCCUCUUAGGGGAGAGCUCCUCGGAAGGCAAGUCAGAGCUCCCGACUUCGGCGACUGUCCUCACUUUC